AUGGAAAUUCCUCCGCAUCGAACAUGGAUGUAUAAUAGGCUUCUCCCGGGUCGAAGUGCACAUACAUAUGAAUUCUUAAAAGGUGUCGAAGAGUUUAUAAACUUUGCUUGUCAACAGAAAGAGUAUUUGAAGAAUUGUAUAAUAAGAUGUCCAUGUAAGUUGUGCAAAAAUGAGGACCACCUCACCCCAGAUGAGGCAAACACUCAUAUUCACCAACACGGGUUUGCACCAGAAUAUUGGAAUUGGACUUGCCAUGGAGAGAUAAUCGCUCACAUCAAUGAUAGUGAUGAAGAUGAUGGUAUAGAUAUGAUUGCGCCUUGUAGUAAUAGUCAACAGGGGAGUUAUGAACAUGUUCAUAGAUAUCAAGACAUGGUGUUUGAUGCUUCCGGUUUUAAUCGCGAACAACAUUUUAUACAACAAGAAGAGGAACCUCCAAAUAUGGAAGCAAAAUUAUUUUAUGACAUGUUGAAUUCAACUCAACAACCAUUGUGGCCGGGAUGUAAAAACACAACUGAGUUAUCUGCUGCUAUUAAGAUGUUGAGUUUAAAAUCUAAACACAAUAUGUCACAAGCAUGUUUCGAUGACAUGGUCAAGUUUAUGAAGGAAUCAAGUCACCCAGAGAAUGUAAUUCCCUCUAACUUUAGGGAAACAAAAAAACUUGUGUCUGGACUCGGUUUAUCAAAGAUAAAGAUUGAUUGUUGCAUUGGUGGGUGUAUGUUGUAUUACAAAGAGGACAUAAAUUUGAAUGAGUGCAAGUUUUGCAAUGAGCCUCGAUACAAAACAUGUAUUCUGCGUAAGCGUAAGCGAAACUCUAAAGAUGUUCCUCGCAAGAGAUUGCAUUACUUGCCUUUAAUCCCUCGCCUUCAAAGAUUAUAUGCUUCGGCGAGAUCCGCAGAGCACAUGAGGUGGCACUAUGAACAUCGUAGGGAAGAAGGUGUGUUGUGUCAUCCUUCAGAUGGGGAAGCUUGGAAACACUUUGACCAAGUAUAUCCUGCAUUUUCUUCGGAACCUAGAAAUGUUAGACUUGGUUUGUGUGCUGAUGGCUUUACCCCUUUUGGCCAAUCUGCAAAACCAUAUUCUUGUUGGCCAGUAAUUGUCACACCAUAUAACCUACCUCCUGAGCUAUGUAUGAUGAUGCCUUAUAUGUUCUUGACCUUGAUCAUUCCAGGUCCAGACAAUCCAAAAGGUAAAAUUGACGUGUACUUACAACCGUUGAUAGACGAAUUGCAACAAUUGUGGAAUGAUGGUGUAGUAACAUAUGAUGCAUCAAAGAAGCAAAAUUUUCGAUUGAGAGCUGCACUAAUGUGGACAAUAAAUGAUUUUCCUGCCUAUGGGAUGUUGUCUGGGUGGAGUACUGCAGGAAUAUUUGCUUGUCCAAUAUGCAAGGGAGGUUUAAAAGCUUUCUCAUUGGAAAAAGGAAAAAAGAGAUCUUGGUUUGAUUGCCACCGUCAAUUUUUACCUCGUGAUCACGCUUUUAGAAGAAAUAAGGUUAUGUUUUACAAAAAUAGAAUUGAGACAAGAGAGCCUCCUCCAAGGUUAAGUGGUGAACAAGUAUGGAAAGAGGUUUGUGGGCUUCCUAAAGUAACUAACAUGCGGAAUUGCAUUGUUCCUGGUCGUGGAAUUUCACACAAUUGGACCAAAAGAAGCAUAUUUUGGGACUUGCCUUAUUGGAGACACAACUUAUUGAGGCACAAUCUUGAUGUUAUGCAUAUAGAAAAGAAUGUCUUUGAAAAUGUUUUUCAUACAGUUAUGGACAACAAAGAGAAAACUAAGGACAACGAAAACGCAAGAUUGGACUUGGAAAAGUAUUGUCAUAGAAGAGAGUUGUUGUUGAAAAAAAAUUCUAAUGGGAACUAUAUGAAACCCAAAGCCAUUUAUUUUGCAAAUGGAUACAAAUUUCACACAACUUCUUGGGGUGAAGGAAAAACAACCUAUAACAGUGGGGUGUGUGUUAGUGGAAUAGGACAAGAUGAAACUUCAAAUGACUAUUAUGGCAUUCUUACAGAAAUUCUAGAACUUCAAUGGCCAAGUCAAACAACAAAAAAGUUGGUUUUAUUUUACUGUGAUUGGUUUGACCCUUCAAGACAUGGGAUGCGAAUACAUCGUCAGUACAAGAUUGUAGAAGUUCGUAAGGGGAGAAAAUAUAGUAAAUUUGAUCCUUUUAUUUUUCCAAAAGCUGCAACUCAAGUUUAUUAUUCACCUUAUCCUGGGCGCCCAAGAGAUAAGUUUGAUUGGUUGGUAGCUAUAAAGACAAAGCCAAGAGGGGUUGUUGAUGAUAGACACACACUAGAGGUUGCUUUUCAAGUUCAAGAGUCACAAGUUAGUGCAACAAUUGAAGAUGACCCAAUUGAUCUCCUACAAGAUGAUGAAGUUGAUGGUGAAGAGGUUAGUUUGUCAACAAUACAAAAAAAUGAAGAUGAAGAGGAUUCCAAUGACGAUGAUGAAAAUUUAAUUGCAAUUUGA